AUGCACCCCUCGGAUAGCGCAUGUCCGUUGGCUCAGCUUCCACAGGAGCUUCUGGAUUAUAUAAUCGGCAACCUCCCUUUACCUCAAGACAUCUCAAAUCUUUCUCAGAGCUGCAAAGCCCUGCACAUAAAGACGAUAGAGCGACUCUACAACCACAUCAGCCUGACGUGGAAAGCCAGCGAUACGACCCGCCCUCUGACUGUUGACAGUCAGCAUGCAGCACAAUCCCUUCGUCCCAACCUGCUCCUCCAAACAAUCUUGGCAAAACCUAGAUAUGCGCAAUGCAUCACCCAUCUCAAAUUGCAGAGUACGGGAUUUAGGGGUUAUUGGUCGACUUGGGGUGUCCUUCCACGAAGACAGAAGCCAUUAGUGAAGCGGAGACCUGAUGCUGCCAAGGACUGGACGACUGAGAAGCAGCGGUUAGCCAUGGACGCCGUACACGGCGUAAGACUUGGAAGACGGCGCGAUGGGCAUGCAGACGCUUUUACAGUUAGCCAUCAGUCUUGGUAUGAUGCUGUCUUGAUGUACGACCUGGAUGCUACGAUCGCGCUGCUCAUAUGUACAUGCUCAAAUCUCGCGUCGCUUCAUCUAGGGUUCCACAUUGGCGACGACGUAGUAUUUAUCCCUACGCUCUUAUGGUCCCUUCCUUCCAUCGAAGGCACAAAACAAUUUCCAGGAUGUGGCAACCUUCGAAGGAUAACUUUGGGAUAUACACGUAUUAUUGAUGAGGACGAAGAAGAGUCUGACAUGUGGAGUCGGAUUGACUGGCUACAUCCACAUAUAGACUGGAGGGGGUAUUGGGCUUUCUUCUGGUGUCCGAUAAUCCAGACCAUCGAGAUGAAUUUGAUGGAUGAGGUUGCUGACGAGGGAUUCCAGAUGACGGAAUUCCCACCUCUCUGCUCAAAGCUGACGACCUUGAGACUCUACGAGUCUUCUGUGACGCCAGACACACUGGCCAAACUGCUGUCUUAUACAUCUGCUCUCAAAACAUUGGACUACGAGUACUGGACUACCCAUGAAGACUCGCUGGACUGUGGGUCGCUCAACGCAGCUUUUGACGUCGUUAAAAGUACCUUGGAACAUUUGAGAUUUGUCUCUCAAAUGAAAUCGCCUACCGUGUAUGAAGACAGCCUCGUACGCGGCAUGUGUAGUUUUCACGACUUCCCUGUGCUUUCCUCUCUUCAACUCCCGCCAGCCGUACUACUAGGCUGCAGACCUUUCUCUGCUCCCAGGCUAGAGGAAUCCAUACCAUCAAGCAUGAAGAAACUCUGCUUUACCGAUGACUUCUUUGGCGACGCCUGGGGCGCGGAAGAGUUGACAUCGGUCCUGAACGACUUUGUUGAGGGCGACUGGGGAGCUUCAGCCCCCCAGCUUCAGCAGGUAUAUGUCGCAAUUGACAGGGAGUGGCUUGGUGAGGCUGAAGAUGAUUGCCUGCGGAAGUUAUGCGAGGAGAACGGAUUGAAGUACGAGCUCUAG